AUGAUGUCACGUCACGGUCGCAACAAGUCUAAAAGUGGUGUCGGUCUAUUCAAUACGCUCUUAAAUAAAUUACCUAUAGAAUUACACCUUAAAGGUUAUAAUUACUGUGGUCCCGGCACCCGGUUAAAAGAACGUUUAGCAAGGGGCGACGUGGGGGUAAACAAACUCGACGAACUCUGCAAAUCUCACGACAUUUUUUACGAUAAACAUCAUUCGACUGCAGAAAGACAUAAAGCAGACGAAGUAUUAGAACACGGGGCUUGGGACAUUGUUAAAUCAAAGGACUCUGGAUUUAAAGAACGGGCUGCAGCAUACCUAGUUACCAACGCCAUGAAAGCAAAACGUAAAAUCGGAAUGGGUUGUGGUUUUAAAACUAUAGUUUCUGAAGCGAAAAAGGCUAUUAAGAAACAUAAAAAGACAGCUGGCAAAGAUAUUACAAAAUUAAUAAAAAUUGCGUUGACCGCUGCACGCAAAAAAACUCGUUGUGGUAGCAUUUCCCCCACACCACGUGUAAUACCAGUACCGAAAUCCGGUGGAGCGCUUCCUCUUAUUCCUAUUUUUGCCGCUUUAUCAGCUACGGAAACUUCUGAUGAUAAUGAGAUUGUCAAGCUAUUAGAUACGAGUACCACAGUAAAAGAAAAACUGUCUACAGUAUCAAUUAAACUAACAAAAGUUGUAUGGAAUAUGCCAAUCGUCAAAGUGACCGAAAAGGAACAAUUAAAAUUACUUAGAGUUUUAGAUAGUAAAAAGCCUAUACAUUGCGCCCAUAGAAAUUGGGAACUGUGUGAAUAUCCAUUAUAA